ACAACAUAAGUUGCAAAAUUGUGUGUCCUUCAAAGGUCGUUAGGUUAUAUAGUUUGCACACUUUGUCUGACCGUGUUAUCAGUUUUCUUUUUACCACAUCCGUUAGGUAGGAAAAUUUAUUUCGUGUUUUCUGUUCCGUUUAUUUUGGGUCAUCUUUGUCAGUGAACAAAAUGGCAUCAAUUACGAGAUUGAUAUCGCUCCCAAGGGCAACAUGCUCGCGUUCUUUUCAUACGUCCAUGUUGGUACGUGCUCAUCCAUCUGUUGCUAUGAGCCGCCUGGAACCAGACAAAACAAUUAAUUACAACAAAAUAGAAGAAAACAUUGGUGUAGUGAAGAAUCGAUUAAAGCGACCAUUGACGCUCAGUGAGAAAAUUUUAUAUGGACAUCUUGAUAAUCCACUUGAACAGGAUAUUGUGCGUGGAGAAUCUUAUUUACGAUUGAGACCCGAUCGCGUUGCCAUGCAAGAUGCUACCGCACAAAUGGCAAUGCUGCAAUUUAUCAGCAGUGGACUACCAAAGGUUGCUGUUCCAUCCACCAUACAUUGUGAUCAUCUCAUCCAAGCUCAAAUUGGUGGUGAUAAAGAUUUAGCGAGAGCAAAAGACAUCAACGCAGAGGUUUAUGACUUCCUGCAAACUGCUGGUGCAAAGUAUGGUGUGGGAUUCUGGAAGCCUGGAUCUGGUAUUAUUCAUCAGAUCAUCCUUGAGAACUAUGCCUUCCCUGGUGUCCUGUUAAUUGGCACAGACAGCCACACACCAAAUGGAGGAGGUUUGGGUGGUUUGUGCAUCGGUGUUGGUGGUGCAGAUGCUGUGGAUGUGAUGGCAGAUAUUCCAUGGGAACUUAAAUGUCCGCAAGUCAUUGGUGUUGAAUUGACUGGUAAACUGUCAGGCUGGGCUUCUCCUAAAGAUGUAAUUCUGAAAGUAGCAGACAUCCUCACUGUGAAGGGAGGCACUGGUGCCAUUGUUGAAUACCAUGGUCCAGGUGUGGAUUCCAUCAGUUGUACUGGUAUGGGAACCAUCUGUAACAUGGGUGCGGAGAUUGGUGCCACAACAUCGGUCUUCCCAUAUAAUAAAAGGAUGAAGGAUUAUCUUAUUGCAACAAACAGACAAGAUGUUGCGGAUGCUGCAACCUCUAUGCAAGAGCAUCUCGUUCCUGAUGAAGGAGCUCAUUAUGAUCGUCUCAUCAAGAUCAACCUGGAUGAGUUAAAACCUGCAUUGAAUGGACCAUUCACACCUGAUCUCUACAACCCAUGUACCGACAUGCGUGCUAAUGCUCAGAAAAAUGGAUGGCCACUUGAAGUGAAGGUUGGUUUGAUCGGCAGCUGCACCAACAGUAGUUAUGAAGACAUGGGACGAUCCGCUAACAUCUGCAAGCAAGCUAGGGAUAAGGGAAUUACAGCAAAAUCAGCAUUCACCAUCACUCCAGGAUCUGAACAAGUUCGAGCAACCAUAGAAAGAGAUGGAUAUGCGCAAGUGUUCCGUGAUGUUGGGGGUGUUGUGCUCGCCAACGCAUGUGGGCCAUGCAUCGGACAAUGGGAUCGUAAAGACGUAGCAAUGGGAGAGAAAAACACAAUUGUAACUUCCUAUAAUCGUAACUUCACUGGACGGAAUGAUGCCAACCCAGCCACCCAUGCAUUCGUUACAUCACCAGAAGUUGUCACUGCAAUGGUGUUUGCUGGUGAUCUUGGUUUCAACCCAGAGGUUGACACUUUAACAGCGGCUGAUGGAUCUCAGUUUAAAUUUGAAGCACCAACUGGUGAUGAAUUACCAGCCAAGGGAUUUGAUCCUGGUGAGGAUACAUACCAACACCCUCCAUCCAACAGUGAUGCAGUGUCUGUAAGUGUGGAUCCAUCAUCAAACAGGUUACAACUCCUUGAACCCUUUGAUAAUUGGAAUGGGAAAGAUCUUGAAGACAUGGCCGUGCUUAUCAAGGUUAAAGGCAAAUGCACAACCGACCACAUAAGUAUGGCUGGCCCAUGGUUGAAGUACAGAGGACACUUGGAUAAUAUUUCCAACAAUAUGUUGAUUGGUGCUAUCAAUAUUGAAAAUGAAAAAGCAAAUACAAUAAAGAAUUCUUUAACUGGUGAAUAUGGUGGUGUGCCAGAUGUUGCAAGGCAUUACAAGGCGAACAAGUUGAACUGGGUAGUUGUUGGUGAUGAGAAUUAUGGUGAGGGAAGCAGUCGGGAACAUGCUGCACUUGAACCAAGGCAUCUGGGUGGGAGGGCCAUUAUUGUAAAGAGCUUUGCUAGGAUUCAUGAAACCAACUUGAAAAAGCAAGGUCUUCUCCCUCUGACCUUCAGCAACCCAAGUGAUUACGACAAGAUUCAACCAGAUGAUAAAAUAUCCAUUGUUGGCUUAAAUAGCUUCACUCCAGGAAAGCCACUUGAAUGUGUAUUAAAACAUUCUAAUGGAUCAUCAGAGAGCAUCCUGCUCAACCACACAUUUAACCAACCACAGAUCGAGUGGUUCCAAGCUGGUAGCGCCCUCAACCGCAUGAAGAUGAUGCAAAAAUCCUAAGCUAUUGUUAACCUCAAAGUUCAUGUUAUUUAAUUAUUUAUUGUAAAAAAAUUAAAUGGAUUCGCUUUUUUUCGAAGUUCAAUUAAACAAAGUUCCUGCUGUAUUAUAAUUGCUCAACAAAAAAUCUUGCUUCUAGUUCUGUUGUGGAAGUCCUAUUAUCCACAUUGUAGAUAUCUUCAUGUACUGUGAUUGGCAACCACUGCUGUUGGAAAGUGCAUCAGAUUCUAAGCGCUGUUUUAUGUAUUGGUGGUGUUAUUUUGUCUUGAGAGUUCAAAUUAUAAAAGUUCCACAUUUGAAAA